AUGGCUGAUUCACCAAGUAGUAGUUCAUCAGUAGAUACAGCUCUACCUCCACCACAACCUCCACAACAAAGUCCCAUAGAACAAGUACGAUCUGCUCAAGAAAGACAAUUGGAUGAGUUAAGAAAACAAAGACAAGAGUUAAGAAGACAACAACAAUUAAGAGCUCAAAUUGCUCAACAAAGAUUAAUAUCUCCAUUACAACAUUCACUGAACAGACCAUCUCCUCAAGGUAGUGGUGGAAGUAGAAUUGGAAGAGAAGAAGGACUAAUACCUAGCUCAGCUACUAGAGGAGGAUCAACUGGACAAUUUCCAAGACCAUCACCAAGACCUAUAAAUGUAAAUUUAGCAUCAUCUGAAGCAUUAAGAAGAGCAACUUCUACAACUAGAAUAGAAGGAAGUCCAGGUGCGUUUCGAGCAACAACUACUUCAACUUCUGCAACAGCAGCUACAACCAAUAUACGGCCAUUAACAGAUCAACCUACUCCACAACAAAGACAACCUUCAAGAACUCCAUUAACUUUAUCACCACCACGUAGAACAAUACCAACUGAAUCAACAUCAUCUCGAGCAAAUGCAUCAGCACCGCCGCGACAACCACAACAAUCAACUCUACGAGGUACGACAGGAAGAAAAACUUUACCAGGAUCAACAGAAUCUAGACAACGAGGAAUAAUAGAAAGGGAGAGAGAAAGAGAAAGAGAAUCUGAACAACGAGUAGAAAAUGUAUUACAACUGGAAAGAGAUCGACGAACAACAGCAACAACAUCAACUUCAAGAAGAGGACCUCAAUCAGCACAAGAUCGAUCUACCACUAGAACAAGAGGACCACGAUCUGAUAAUGAUACAACAACAACUACAAGAGUAAGACCUAAUCAAUCAACUUCAACUAGACAAUCAACAACGAGAACUCCAGCAUUAGGAGGAUUAGGCACGACCACAACAAGAACAACAGCAAGAGUAACAAAAAGAUAUAGACCAGGAACAUUAGCAAUUAGAGAAAUUAGAAAAUUUCAAAAAUCAACAGAAUUAUUAAUUAGAAAAUUACCAUUUGCAAGAUUAGUUAGAGAAAUUUCUUUAGAAUUUGUUGGUACUGAAUAUGGGUUAAGAUGGCAAUCAAAUGCUAUAUUAGCAUUACAAGAAGCAAGUGAAAGUUUUUUAAUUCAUUUAUUAGAAGAUACUAAUUUAUGUGCUAUUCAUGCUAAAAGAGUUACUAUUAUGCAAAAAGAUAUGCAAUUAGCUAGAAGAUUAAGAGGUCAAGAUUGGCUUUAA